GCUUAACCCCAUAAAAAAAAAAAGCGUUUAAAUCCGGAAAGGAGAGAAGGAGAUGUACUGGGACACCAUCAUCAAGCCUGGAGACAGAAACACAGACAGCAAAGACUCGAAAAUAAAGAUGGAGAUUUGCCAGACUGGAUAUUACACAGAGGACUUCAGGACACAGGAAGUGCCCGCUGGCUUUGACUUUGCAUCUUAUGACUACCCUGGUGAAGACCUGUCUUUUCUGUUAGACAGUAAAGCAUCCGGACAGCAGCAGUACGUCACAGAAAGCAGCUAUCCAGAGGCACCUAAAGCUUCGCACCCAUACGACACUAAAGGAAACGCCAGCGACACUUCGCUCUUCAACCUGGACUCGUACCAGGAGUUCAACUGGUGGGCUUCAUAUCCACAUGAUGGUCUGACGGUAGACCAGUCACAAACCGGAUACCAGGAGUCUGCACAGACGUACCAGAGCCUGGUGCCCCAGAACGGACAGUUCAGCCCGGCCCUGGAGGGCAGCCACAGCCCCUUUAUAACAGCAAAGGGAUCAAAUACAUUACAAAGUGAGGCAGAUCAGAGCUACUCGUGUCACUCGACUGAAAUAUACGACUCUGACGGACAUAGGCAGUCGUCGUCCUUCUGGCCUGACUACUCCUCUCCCAGCUUCACUGCCCCCCUGCCUCACCCGCCCCCAGCCUCCUGCCCCUCAAACCACGGCCCUCAGUCCUCAGAGCAGUACUGCCCUCGUGUGGUCAAACGCAAAAACACACACCCGCAGAGGCCAGACAGGGAGGGCCACAUGACGGGAAUGUCUGCUUAUCCAGGUUCUGGUCCAAUCCAGUUGUGGCAGUUUUUACUGGAGCUGCUUCUGGACUCUGCCUGCCGUACCUUUAUCUCCUGGACGGGAGACGGCUGGGAGUUUAAGAUGUCUGACCCCACGGAGGUGGCCAAGCGCUGGGGCCAGUGCAAGAACAAACCCAAGAUGAACUACGAGAAGUUGAGCCGCGGCCUGCGCUACUACUACCACAAGAACAUCAUCCACAAGACGGCAGGCAAACGCUACGUCUACCGCUUUGUCUGUGACAUUCAGGGCAUGCUGGGAAAGACGGCGCAGGAGGUCCUGACCAGUCUGAAUGUUUUGCCCACAAACACAGAGUCGUGGCAGCCGUGUCCCGGGGUACCUGCUGCGUCGGAGCACAGCAGUGAAACAUGGGCGUCACAGUAGGGAGCGGGAGCUGGGACUCUUGGGGCCGCUGGCUGAGGGCGGCUCAUUUUACUACUGCCUCCAAAGUAAACACUGCCUCCUCCAGCCCUGGCUGAACUGCAGUGACCUCAUGGGGGGAUGCAUUUCAGAUGCUGCAUUUCAGGGAAAGAAAUAACCAAAAACUCAAACUCCUGCAGUCACUCUGUUACUUUCUCUUAAGUAAUAGAUUAAAUGAAAGUCUUCCAAUGCAUGACCCAUACACCUGUAGUACAGGGGCAUUUGAAGCACUAUAAAUAGUCUGGGACAUAUUUCCUUAAAUGUGUUCCUAAGAAGGAAUUAAUUUGUAAAUAGUGUUUAUAUGAUCGUUUGUAGAGUUUUGUUCAUUUAUAUUAUUGUUGGGUUUUUUUAUACAAAAUGUAUGUCUACCUCUGUUGCUAAUCAGAAUAACAAAUUGAGAUUGUUUUCAGGCACUCACUGUGAAAGUUUUAGCAGGUGUGAUGAUUGUUUUGUGUAAAUAAACU